AGGGAAUCAACUACAAUGGUGUGUAGUUAAUGUUACCUUGGACAAUGUCAGACGGUUUAGCUAACAGCCGUAUAUAUCACAGCACCGUUUAAACCUCCCGGCUCCUCGGGGAGAGUUAUUUAUUCCACUUCUAGGAGAAGCGGAUUAAUAAAUCACAUGAUAUCGGGAGAGUGUGAUAGCCAUAACGUCAUGCCUCCCUCCCCUCUGUUGAUGUUCAGUAACUAGCGGCAGUCUGAAGGCUGUUGACUUGAGGCUAGUCUUGGCUAACUAGCUACCGAUCACAUUGGUUUAGAGGCUGACUUCCUGCAUGCCACCCCCGCCAUAAGGCUGCAGUAGUAAAGAUGGACGAGGCCUCUCUCACUGUGAACAAUGAGCUGGACGCUGAGAUGGUCGUGAGCUGGCUAUCAGACCACUGCUAUCAGUGUGUGUACCAGCCCCUGGGUGUGGUGCCAGCGGGCCCUGGACCAGGCUUACCCAGCUCAGUGGACUUCACUGUGGGCACACAGCAUGGCAUCACCCUGCAGCUCAACAGCAGCCCCGUCAGCCUGGAACUCUGCACGGUUCAUUACCACUUUUGGGAGCAUGGUAACUACUCUCUGUGGGUCAAGAACCUGAACGACUCCUCAGUGGUCAACUGUUCCAUGAUCACUGACACAGAAACGGUCAACAGCUACCUGCCCAUCAUGGUGGCCUUUCUGUUGUUCACGGGACUGGCUAUACUGUCUGCUAUUGGAGCUACUGUCAUGGGGCUGGACGUGGUUAAGAAUCUGAUGUUCCGAUUGGGCAACUCCAUGGAAACUGAGAGGCUCAUCAACUCAGACCUGGGGUUUCCAUGCAGGACGGUGGAGACGGCCACAGACACCAUCCUCCCCACCCACGCCACCCCCAGCCGGAGGCUCCGAUCCCUGGACACUUUCAGAGGGCUGUCCCUGGUCGUCAUGGUGUUUGUGAACUACGGAGGAGGGAGGUACUGGUUCUUCAGACACGAGAGCUGGAACGGACUCACAGUUGCUGAUUUGGUCUUUCCCUGGUUUGUGUUCAUCAUGGGCACAUCUAUAUCCCUGUCUGUCAGCUCAGCCCUGCGAUGUGGUUUGUCACGUUUCUCUCUGUUCACCAAGGCAGUCUGGAGGAGUGUUCAGCUCUUCCUCAUAGGACUCCUCAUCAUCAACCCCAACUACUGCCAGGGACCACUAUCAUGGGACUCCCUGCGUAUCCCUGGUGUGCUUCAGCGUCUGGCCUUCUCCUAUCUAGUGGUGGUCUCUCUGGACCUCUGUGUGGCCUGGAACAGCCUGGACAACCUUCCUGUGGAUGCUUGGUGGUACUCUGCUCGUGAGUUCCUGCUCUACUGGCCAGCCUGGCUGUGUGUGGUCGUCUUGGAAACCGUGUGGCUCUGUCUCACCUUCCUGCUCCCUGUUCCUGACUGCCCAAGUGGUUAUUUGGGCCCAGGUGGUAUUGGGGACAUGGGCCAGUACCCAAACUGCACCGGGGGAGCAGCUGGAUAUGUAGACCGUUGGCUACUGGGAGAAAACCACAUCUACCAAACACCUUCCUCGCGGGUGAUCUACAAGUCUCACCUGCCCUUUGACCCAGAGGGAGUUCUUGGCAGCAUCAACUCUGUCCUCAUGGCUUUCCUGGGACUACAGGCAGGAAAGAUUCUCCUCCACUACAAGGACCAGCAUUCCAGUAUAAUGGCCCGGUUCCUCAUAUGGAGCCUGGUUCUGGGAAUCAUAUCAGCCGUUCUGACCAAAUGUUCACUAAAUGAAGGCUUCAUCCCCAUCAACAAGAAUCUAUGGUCUCUCUCCUACGUGACCACCCUGGCGUGUUUUGCCUUGCUGCUCCUGGUGUUGAUUUACUACACAGUAGAUGUGAAGAGGUGGUGGUCUGGGGCGCCCUUCUACUACCCCGGUAUGAACUCCAUCCUGGUGUACGUGGGCCACGAGGUCCUGGAGGAGUACUUCCCGUUCCGCUGGCGCAUGGCCGACAGCCAAUCCCACGCAGAGCACCUGACCCAGAACCUAUUGGCCACUUCCUGCUGGGUCCUCAUCUCCUUCCUGCUGUACAGGAAGAACAUCUUCUGGAAGAUCUAGAGGGCCAGGACGCGUUUCAAAGUGUCUUUCUUCAAGUCCUCUAAAGUCUCAUAAGUAUUUUCUCAGGUCUUUCUGAAGGAUCUACUCUCCUCAAUUCCUUGUGUCCUUUAACCAACGAUCCACACACUGGGAGAUGUCGAGCUGGGCCGUAUCUCAAUAGUCUCCUCAAUUCCUUGUGUCCUUUAACCAAUGAUCCACUCACUGGGAGAUGUCGAACUGGGCCGUAUCUCAAUCGUCUCCUCAAUUCCUUGUGUCCUUUAACCAACGAUCCACUCACUGGGAGAUGUCGAGCUGGGCCGUAUCUCAAUAGUCUCCUCAAUUCCUUGUGUCUUUGAAGAUCUUUCGUCUGGGUUGCAUUUCACUUGUCUUUCAUCAAUUUCCUUGCAUCCUUUCUCCAGCUUCCUUUUUAAAAAAAGGGAAUAGUGUCAAGCGUUUCCUCUCCUUGUUUCCUUUCCUCGUGUGCUCUCCUUGCUUUACGCUGAUGUUUUUGAGAAGGGAACAUAAUCACUCAGGAAAAGGCUGGUCUGGGAUUGUAUACAAGAGACACGGAAACUCUAGAAACCACGAUUACCAUUUACCUGCUCAUCAAAUCAAAUGUUACGAGUCACAUGCGCCGAAUACAACAGGCGUGGACCUUACCGUGAAAUGCUGAAUACAACAGGCGUGGACCUUACCGUGAAAUGCUGAAUACAACAGGCGUGGACCUUACCGUGAAAUGCUGAAUACAACAGGCGUGGACCUUACCGUGAAAUGCUGAAUACAACAGGCGUGGACUUUACCGUGAAAUGCUGAAUACAACAGGCGUGGACUUUACCGUGAAAUGCCGAAUACAACAGGCGUGGACUUUACCGUGAAAUGCCGAAUACAACAGGCGUGGACUUUACCGUGAAAUGCCGAAUACAACAGGCGUGGACUUUACCGUGAAAUGCCGAAUACAACAGGUGUGGACCUUACCGUGAAAUGCUGAAUACAACAGGCGUGGACCUUACCGUGAAAUGCUGAAUACAACAGGCGUGGACCUUACCGUGAAAUGCUGAAUACAACAGGCGUGGACCUUACCGUGAAAUGUUUACGUACGAGCCCGUAACCAAAAAUACAGUUCAAGAAAGUAGAGUUGAUGGAAACAAUGCUACAGGCUCUGGUCUAUGCUACACUGUAACUACGGAUACACAGGUCAGAGGUCACUGGGAUGUGGGAUCAAACUGGACUUCACAAAAAAAACAAAAUAGAGUGUACAGCCAAACCGGUAUGGAAUAGUGUACCAUGGAUAAUACAAAUGUGUUGAUUCUCGUUUGUGCAUGUACGAGCACCUGUUCUCUUGGGACUGAAACUACCAAUGCCAGACAGCUGUACGAGCACCUGUUCUCUUGGGACUGAAACUACCAAUGCCAGACGGUUGUACACCUGUUCUCUUGGGACUGAAACUACCAAUGCCAGACAGCUGUACGAGCACCUGUUCUCAUGGGACUGAAACUACCAAUGCCAGACAGCUGUACGAGCACCUGUUCUCUUGGGACUGAAACUACCAAUGCCAGACGGUUGAAAUAACUUGUACUAAUUAAUGACAUUGUCUUUUUGUAUUUGUAUUUUUAUUGCCAAAGUCAUUCGAGGAAAUGAAUGAUGGCUGAAUCAGCCUAUCUGUAUGUGUACAUUUCAUGGGUCAUUCCACAAAUUCAGUGCCUUUUUCAGAAGUGUAAAAAAAAAAAAAAAAAAGAAGUUUGAUUUCACCUCAUUUUAAUAUUCUGUCAUAAAGAGCACAUAUUCAACUUCAUCACGUGUUUUCCCCAUCUCAAGAGUACUACAGUAGGUUCCUAUUCAAUGCUAACUAAAGUAACAGGGUUGAUGAUCUCAUCUGUAAAUCUGCCGUAAAUCCCAUUGUGACAGUAGAAGGAACGCUUGUGUGUAACAGGGAGUGGCCAUUUUUAAAUGCAAGAAUCACCCCAAAAAAAUGUUUAAUUGUUAAAACAUUUCUAGCCUGUCUUGUCUAUGGGUAACGGGGUUGACUUGUGAUGCUCGACACGAUCAGUUUUCCACCACAAAACACCAGAAAAUGGCCAUAAACUAAGACCAGCUCACCUGAUUUUACAUGAUUUGACUAUUAGAUGUUCAAUGUCUCGUUUUGAAAAAAAUUAUGAAAAAUAAUAAUAAUUUUGCCCUAUUAAAAUGAGUCUUCAGUUCACGUAACAGGGGUUGACUUUAAAAUGAGGGACAGUUAAUAUUUAUCCCUAAAUAAUCAUUAGAAAAUGACUUUUUGUCAAAAUAACAAAAAUAACUAGGGCUUUACAAUGAUGGUGAAAACCUGGGAGACAUUUUUGGGGGGUUUUAAGUAGGUUGAAAUCUUCCUAGAAGAAGUCGCAGUGGGUGCAAAGGGGGGGAUGUGUCAAAAUGCAGAAUUAUGUCACUUUAACAAGUCUUUAUUCAUGUAAAAAAAAAGUGUAAUAUUGUAGAAAUAACUCACCAGCUGUCAAAAUCAGAAGGUGGGGGCGGGGCACCACGCAUUUAGUUUGUUUUGCCCCCCAAAAAAUCAGAUUGAUUGAAUUUUCCAUGUGGUCUAUAUUAAAAGGGAGCUUCAUUUAAUAUAACAGGCUUUUUCUAAAAAAAAAUUAUACUUAAAAUAUAAAAGGGAUGCAAAAGGACCUUAUUUCGUGGAAUGACCCUCCAUAUGAACAUACAAGCAUUGUGUCAUAAACUCUACAGAAGAAAAAAAACAAGUUUAAGUCCCAAAUAGCACCUUAUUCUCUUUUUAUAGUGCACUACUUUUAACCAGAGCCAUGUGGGUCCUGGUCAGAAAGGAGUGCACUACAAAGGGAUGUAAUUUUAGGAUGUAAUUUAGGACUUUCUUUUAGGUAAUUGUACUGUAUGAUAUGUAAAUGAGCAAAAAGAAUGGCAGGGCACAACGAUUCAUGCAACAGUGAUUGAUGAUUUAUACCAAAUUCAGACGACUGUAAACUUCUGUUACUGAAUCCUUCGCCCAAGUACUAGUGUUUUUAACGGUGUGGUUAAUGAAUUAAACUGUAAAAAAUAAAAAAUGAACAUAUAUAUAUAUAUAUCGACCUUAAGCUCAUGCAAAUAAUGUGAUAUGUGUACUUUUCAUCGUUGUGAAUAAAUUGUAUCGAUAUCUUUUAAAUGCGACCAAAGACGACUAGCAGUGCUAUUUAAUAAUACAGUACCAACAAACAAACAAGACUCAUUAAAUAAAUAGAAAAAUGUA